CCCUCUUCCGCCGCCAUUUUGAAGCGGGCAGCAUCCGCCGUGCCGACCUCCGUCCCCCCGCCGCCAUGGAGGACAUGAACGACUACAGCAACAUGGAGGAGUUCGCCGAGGGCUCCAAGAUCAACGCCAGCAAGAACCAGCAGGAUGAUGGGAAAAUGUUCAUCGGAGGCCUGAGCUGGGAUACGAGCAAGAAAGACCUGACGGAAUACCUGUCUCGUUUCGGAGAGGUCGUGGACUGCACGAUUAAAACCGACCCCGUCACCGGCAGGUCCAGGGGCUUCGGGUUUGUGCUCUUCAAGGACGCCGCCAGCGUGGACAAGGUGUUGGAACUGAAGGAGCACAAACUGGACGGCAAGCUGAUAGAUCCCAAAAGGGCAAAGGCCCUCAAAGGGAAGGAGCCUCCCAAGAAAGUAUUUGUAGGGGGGCUCAGUCCGGACACUUCGGAGGAACAAAUUAAAGAAUACUUCGGAGCGUUUGGAGAGAUUGAAAAUAUUGAAUUGCCAAUGGACACCAAGACAAAUGAGAGAAGGGGAUUCUGUUUCAUCACGUACACGGAUGAAGAGCCAGUAAAGAAGUUAUUAGAAAGCAGAUACCAUCAGAUUGGCUCUGGGAAGUGUGAAAUCAAAGUGGCUCAGCCCAAGGAAGUGUACAGGCAGCAGCAGCAGCAACAGAAAGGAGGAAGGGGGGCCGCGUCUGGAGGAAGAGGCGGAACCCGGGGGCGAGGCAGAGGUCAGGGCCAAAACUGGAACCAAGGAUUUAAUAACUAUUAUGAUCAAGGAUAUGGAAAUUACAGUAGCGCCUAUGGUGGUGACCAAAGCUAUAGUGGCUAUGGCGGAUAUGAUUAUACUGGGUAUAACUAUGGGAGCUAUGGAUAUGGACAGGGAUAUACAGACUACAGUGGUCAGCAAAGUACAUACGGAAAAGCUUCCCGGGGUGGUGGUAAUCACCAAAACAAUUACCAGCCAUACUAAAGACCUGGAAGAAGCAGGUGGAGAAAAGCGACUUACCUUGCAGACCGGCGACGUCGAACAGAGAGGGUGGCCUCCUGUUUGAGCUGAGGUGGCUCUUUUGUAAAAGACUUUCUUAGUGAAUUAUGACGUCCGAUUGUAAAUAGUAGCUGAUUAGUGUCCUUGUUUUUACUUUGUCCUCCGCCAUCUGUGUUACGACUUGUGGAUUGUGUUUAUACAGAUCUUUAUAUCGUUUCAUGUUAGGUGAUCCUCCGAUGCGUACUUGAUGUGAUUUUUUUUGUGUGUGUGUUUGUGCGUCUGUGCCGGAUACUGAAAUGGUUUUGUAAAUGUCUCAUUUUUAAAUAGCAAUAAUCUGGGCACGGUUGACUUCUAGGGAUUAAUGACCGGUGGGUAAUUUUUUUUUUUUUUAAAGCAGCAGUACGCUCACUUUAUUUGGUGGCAGAUUUUUGUGCCACAGCUUUGGAAAUCCGUUUAAAACUAUCGUGACUCCUGCUGUAGUCAAAGGGUGUUUUUUGGUGUGUGGGGGGGAGGUCUCCCCCAUAUGAGCAACUGGAUGCUUUGGGCAUCCUGGAUUUUUCUUUUUUCUGCAAAAGAAACGCCUUGACAAACUCCCUGAACAGAUCCCCCCCCCCUCAAUAAUUGCUUUUUAGGGGGUGGAAAGAUGCUUGCUUUGAGUCCUUGCCUGUAAAGAGAAGCCCUCUUGCGUAGGUUGGGUCCCGUCAGAGGGAAUAUUCAGCAAAACCCGUCGAUGGAUCUUACCGGCAAGGUUUUAGCACCAGAUGGGCAGUUAAAUGUUUUGGGGAACUGGGCGCAGUCUCCGCCACUUGAAGAAGCUGCUUCUCCCGUUGGGACCUACGCUUGGAAAGCUUCAGCAGUUAACGAUUUUUAACCGUCAAAGUUAAGGGAAAGUCGUCGCAAAACCCCUCGUCAUGUACUCCGUAUUGUUUUGUACUCGAAAUAAAAGUUAUUUUUCCAGUUCCAA